AAUGAACAAGGCCGAUAUAAUCAUACUUAAUUAAAUCACAACAUAAACAACUUCAAUAUUGAUAAAUUGAAACUUGUAGGUACUUUUUUUGUAAAAUGAGAAUUUCGAAGACUUUUACUUUGAUACUUUCUUUAUGUCUUGUUGAAAUCCAAUCUUUGGUCGUAGAAGAAUGUUCAAAUAUUAUAGAAAAUGUAAAUGAAAGUAUUCUCACGACUCUUACAAAAGCAGUAGUGCCAGAGUUAGAAGGCAAAAAAAAAGGAGAAGCUGGAAAAAUUGCGAUUGUAGGCGGUUCUAUCGAAUAUACAGGAGCACCAUACUUUGCAGCCAUUUCUGCUCUGAAGGUCGGAUCUGACUUGGUUUUUGUGAUAACCACAGAAACCGCAGCACCAGUAAUUAAAUCUUAUAGUCCCGAUCUCAUUGUUAUCCCUCAUUCAUCCAAAAAUAUUAGUUCUUUACUUUAUAGUAAGGAUGUCGUGGUACUAGGACCUGGCUUAGGUCGAGCAGCAAAAGGAUUAGACCUAGCAUAUGACAUAAUUAAUAUAUGCAGAGAAUUACGAAAACCUUUGGUCAUUGAUGCUGAUGGUCUAUAUGCACUUUAUAAGAAUAUCACCAUUUUAAAAAAUUAUCCAAGCCCUGGAGUUAUAUUAACCCCUAAUAAUGCAGAAGUUAAAAGAUUAAAAGAAGCUAUUCCACUAGGAGACACGAAUUGGUACGAAUAUUGGGGUGAUUAUGUAACAGUCUUAGAAAAAGGUGAACAGGAUCAGUACCAUUCAAACUUUGAAAGAUUCGAUUGGUGUUUGAAUGAAGGAGGGUCCGGUAGACGAGCUGGAGGCCAGGGCGAUAUAUUAGCUGGUUCAUUAGGGACUUUCUUUAAUUGGGCACUUAAAGCAAAUCUUUGUGAAAAUAAUCAAUCUAUCUCAUUAGCUCAGAGUGUAGCUUCUUAUGCAGCUGCCAAAUUUACCAGAAGAUGUAAUUACAAAGCUUACAGAUCACAUGGUCGAAGCAUGAUUGCUUCGGAUAUGUUAAAUGAAAUUCACUCUACAUUUGAUGAACUUUUUACCUAGACUUUUAUACUUAUAUACAUUUUUAAUUAAAUCAAUUAUUU